AUGGUUGUAGUGCUAGAUCCUCGGGGAAAAAUUGUGAACUCAAAUGCUAUCCAUAUGAUGUGGAUCUGGAAAAAUCAAGCUUUCCCGUUUAAUUGCGCAAGGGAGGAGGUGCUUUGGGAGCAGGAAACAUGGAGUCUUGAACUGCUUGUUGAUGCUAUUGAUCAAAAUAUUCUGCAAUGGAUCAGAGAAGAAAAGUACAUUCUCUUGUAUGGAGGCGACGACCUGGAAUGGAUCAGACAAUUCACUAAUGAGGCACGAGCUGUAGCGCGAACCCUGCGAAUUCCUCUUGAAAUGGUCUAUGUUGGCGGGAGCCAUAACAAGGAGAACGUGCAGAGGAUUUGUGAUUCUAUAAUAAUGGAGCAGCUGAGCCACUGCUGGCAAGAACAGGACUCUGUUUGGUAUUUCUGGACAAGAAUCGAGAGCAUGAUCUACUCAAAAAUCCAACUAGGUAACCUUUAUGACCAUGCUGAUACCAUAUGGCAAGAGAUACAAAAGCUCCAUAGUCAUGACAAAUCACACAGCGGAUGGGUAGUGCUAGCCAAAGGCUCGAGAAUUGUUGUCCACGGCCAAAAUAAGGUGGCCAUGAAUACCCUUCAAGAGUUGGAGGAGUGGAAGAAACUAGCUAUAACAGACGGAUUUGAUGUGGGGUUCGGAAAUCAUUACAUGAAGCUUCAUAUGGAGGAAUAUCCAUGUCAUAGGAUUCAGUUUCCCUCUGGUAUGAGAAUUCCAAGAAGUAUGCCAUGCCCUGAUUGUUCUCGCCCUAUGCAUAUAAAUAAAUCUUUCCUCUGCUGCCAUGAAGAUCACAUUGCUGAAGCUGCCGAUGUUCUCGCUGCUGCAACUGAUCAGGUUGAUCAAUAUGAGGCCUAA